UGUUUAAAGGAAUGAAUGUUGUAUUCAUGGGGAGAAUUGGGUCCAAGCGAGUUAUUUAUUCGUCUCGGUGGUCUUAGGUUGGUCACUUUCACUGUUCUUGGAGUUCCUAUUGCAGCUGCUAGCUUUAAACCUUCCAGAGAGCCUUUGAGAUUUGCUCUAGCUGCGGGUACUGGAACGUUAUUCCUGGUUUCAUUGAUUGUCUUGAGAAUUUACUUGGGAUGGAGCUACGUUGGAGAUAGACUACUUUCUGCAGUUAUACCAUAUGAAGAGAGUGGAUGGUAUGAUGGGCAAAUGUGGGUCAAACCACCAGAGGUGUUGGCUCGCGACAGGUUGUUAGGCUCUUACAAGGUGAAGCCAGUAAUCAAGAUGCUCAAACAAACAUUAGUCGGAACAGGAGCUUUACUCGUGUCAGCAUUCGUACUAUUCGUAUUCGCAACACCAGUCGAGGAUUUCUUUAAAACCACUCUGGGAGCCAAAGAUAACCAAACAGAAGUUUCCAUUUCAAGAACCAACAAUAAGUUCAAUAUGAGGAAAGAACAGUUGCUUCGGUUACCUGUAGAUGUUGUGACCGACGAUGAUCUGGCAGCGGCCGCGGCUGAGGCUGCUGAUGGAAGACCUGUCUAUUGCAGAGACCGUUACUACCGUGCAUUAGCCGGCGGUCAAUACUGCAAAUGGGAAGAUCUCGUUAAUAAAUAGUUGUCAAAACAGAAUAAUCAACACAACACACAAGCUCUACGUAAGUUUUGAUUAAAAUGGCUUUAAUAGCCUAAAGCCUCAUCAUCACUAUAUCAGAGAUUAUUGCAUUCGUGGGUUCGUUGACCACAGGGGUCAUCAUGUCAAGAACUAAAGGCCCAUAUUAAUGAUGUUUAAGUCUCCCAUUAACGGACCAUUAACUUUA